GUAAAGAAAGCAAAAGAGAAGAGUGUAGAAACGAAGGUUGGGGCCGACCAUGUGAGGAAAGAAAAAGGAAGAGAGAAAAUUUUGGAGGUUAGUGAAGAAGAAAAAUAAAGGAAGAAAGAAAUGAAGAGAAAAAGGGAGAGAAAGAACCGUGAGAGAAGAAGAGCAAAGAGAAUGGUUUUGCUACACUUUGAGGAAGGAAAAAGAGAGUUUUUGCUGCAAUUUUGGAGGAAGAAGAAAGCUAAAAAUUUUGAGAAAAUUGGAGCUAUUUGCUGCAGAAAAAUUAGAGCUGUUUGUUGCCAAUUUGUGCAGAAAAAUUGUGCAAAAAAAUUGGAGCUGUUUGCUACCAAUUUGUGCAGAAAAUUGGACAGCUUUGUGCUACCAAUAUUGAGGAGUUUUGUUACUGAAAAUUUACCGAUUUUAGAGCAGAAAAUGAGGUUUUUGGUAACUGAUUUUGAGAGGAAAGGAAGAGAGAAAGCCAUAAUGAUGAAGAGAGGAAGCCAUGGUGGUGAAAAGAGGAAGCCAUGGUGGUGAAGGGAAGCCACGGGCUGGAAAGAAAAAAAAAUAAGAAACAUGGAAGAGAGAAAAAGAAAGAAAAAGAAAAAAGAAAAGAAAAGAAAUAGAAAAUAAAUGGGCAUGACCCAAUGGAAAAUAAGUGGGCAUGACCCAAUAGAAAAUAA